UCACCGGAAGUUUUCAUGUGCGGAACAAGCGUGACUGGAGUAACCGCGUUCAGGGUGUAUUGAGUUAAAGUUUAAACAUUUAAAACAAGAACAUAGAAACGUACUUCAAAGCUGUUCAGCUCCGUGCAUAUAUAGACACGGAGUUUGUUAAGAACAUACCAGCGUUGUGUCUGUUUGCUAGUGUGCUAGUGAGCUCGCUGAGGAGUCUUGAGAUGUGCACUCAGACCAGAGCUGCAGCCCUGAUGGCUAACGUCCCGCGGGCAGACAUCGACCCCUCCGGCGUGUUUAAGUACGUACUGAUAAGAGUGCACAGCAGAGAGGAGGGUGACGACUCGGAGAUAGAUAUAGUCCGAGGAUACGGCUGGGCUGAGUUCCAUGCUGAUAUCUAUGAUAAGGUUUCUGAGGAACUGGAGAAAGGCGGCCACCUGGACUGUGAGUGUAUCGGAGGAGGGAGGAUCAAACAUGAUCCACAGGACAAAAAGAUCCACGUCUAUGGAUACUCGAUAGGAUUUGGAAGAGCAAACCAUGCAGUAACCACUGAGAUACUGAAGGCUCAGUAUUCGGACUACGAGGUGACCUGGGACAACGAAGGAUACUGAACUGAACUGAACUGAACUGAACUGAAAUUAACUCCGAUCGGCCUCUGUUGGGCGCCCUUUCUCCUGGACAGUAUGGCACUUAUCUGUAACCCCUCCGAUAAGGAGCUUUUUGAUAACCCAAGACUAAAACUGACGUACAGCUACAAGUCCUAGGCCGGUUUUGAACUCAUCUUAAGUAACAAUAUGUCUUUUAAAAAACUAAUCCAUUUCACAUUUCGACUCAAUUUUGGAUGUAAAACAAAGACAUGAUUGUUAUUGUAAUCAGUACCGUGGAAUAUCAUCUGGAAUCAUGAAAUAAAUAACCCUCAUUGACUUGUUUUAGAGUCACAUUGGAA